UCACGCACGCGAACUCUCUCUCUCGAGCGAGAGAGAGAGACAGGGAGAAGACGAGAGAGAAAGACUCCACAGAGAGAUAGAGAGACACCGCACUGAUUCUCUCUCUACACACACACACAGACUCCACAGAUCGAAGAAGACCUGUAAAGGCACUAACUUAGCUUUUGGACGAGGAGUCGUGAUCACAAAGACAAAGCUCACCCAGGAGAGCAUUGACAGCCUGCGUCUGGGGGAGAGCAAGUGACCACCACCACCACCACCGUGAUACCACCAUCAGCUGUUCAACAACAAUAACCAGCACCAGCAGCACCAGAGAAACGUUUGGUAGCAAGGUUCGCAUGUUACGUAAAAGGCGUUGUGCCAACAGCAGCAGCAGCGGGCGGAUACGUGUUGAGGAAGUUUAAGAGCUGAGCUCUUAACAGAUGUAUCAUCAGCAGCAGCAGAAGCAUCAGCAGCAGUAAGAUCAGCAGUAGCAGAAGAAACAUCAGCAGCAGCAGAAACAGCUGCAUCAGCAACAGCAGCAGCAGCGGCAGAAGAUAAGCCACUAUCAGCAGAAACCUCAUCGGCAUUAGCAGAAUCGCGGAUUCUCACUGAUCGCUGGUUGACAAAACUUAGACGCGCCUGGGUUCGGUGUGGAACCCAGGUGUUGGUCUCUGCUGCUGCGACUGGAGAGCGGGGAAGGACUUGGAAACUGCUCCUCGCCUCUUGCUGUUCGUCCAAGCCGAGGGGCACUUGAGAAGACUCUGACAUUACCUCCUCCCUCCACCACCUUCACCACUAUCAUCUCCAUCUCCACCACCACCACCCUCUCCACCACCAUCUCCACCACCAUCUCCACCACCACCACCUUCUCCACCACCAUCUCCACCACCACCUUCUCCACCACCAUCUCCACCACCAUUUUCACCACCAUCUCCACCACCAUCUCAACCACCAUCUCCACCACCAUCUCCAUCACCACCACCACCUUCUCCACCACCACCAUCUCCACCACCACCUUCUCCACCACCAACUCCACCAUCUCCACCACCACCACCACCACAAUCUCCAUCACCAUCUUCACCAUCUCCACCAUCUCCACCACCACUUCCACGACCACCACCACCGCCCUCUGGCAAUGGAGGUGGGCAACUUCUAUGACCUGCACGAGAGGCAACAGACCGCCAAACUGCAGGCCGGACUUUUCGAGGGUUCGACUCCAGACCUGGGUGACAUGUACGAGCACGAGAGCUCCAUCGAUUUGAGUCGCUACAUCAACAACAACAACAACAGUAACAACAACAACAACGGCUCCGCCACUAGCAGCAGCAGCAGCAGCGGCAGCAGCAGCAACAGCAACAACACGAGCAGCAGCACCGAGGGAGUGAGCGCCGUCACCACGGAACAACAGAUGACAGAGCGAGAACUCUUUGACGAUUUAUUUUACAAAGAAGGGAGAAACGCGGACCAGUACGGGGCCGCGCAUCACAUCGGCGUUGGGCAGAGAUACGCUGACAAGCAACAUCCUCUCCACGGACAUCACCACCACGGUCACCACCAUCAUCAUCAUCAGCUGCAGCACAAUCAGCAGCAUCAGCAGCAGCAGCAUCCAUUCCCGCCGCCGCCGCCACGAUUUUCAGCACUCAAGCCUGAGCCGCCCGAGUUGGAUGAAACUGGAGUCCAACCCCCGGCAACUCAGGUCGCCGGUGUUCCGUACAACCAGAUACAACCGCUGUACUUCCAUCACCAGCAGCAGCAGCAGCAGCAUCUUCACCAGCAGCACCAUCAGCAGAGCGAAUACAGCGACGCAGCUCAGCAUCUGCAAGUGCACGCUUUGGAAUACGUGCACCCCCAACAUCACCACCAGCAUCAGCAGCAGCAGCAUCAUCAGCAGCAGGCAGCGACCGCGAGUGGACUCGCUCCAAAUCACGGCGCUAAGAGUUGUCACCACCAGCAGCAGCAACAGCAUCAUCAUCAUCAUCAGCAGCAGCCGGCAGCGCGAGCCAAGAGCGGCAAGAAAUCGUUGGACAAGGCGAGCGUAGAGUAUCGUCUGCGACGGGAACGCAACAACAUCGCUGUGCGCAAGUCACGUGACAAGGCGAAGCGUCGAUCAGCGGAGGCGCAGCGCCGCGUCCAGGAGCUGUCGACCGAGAACGAGCGGCUGGCACUGCGUGUGGAGCAGCUGAGUCGUGAGCUGAUGGCGCUACGCGCAAUCUUCAAGCGCUCGUCGGAGGCAGCGGUCGGAGGCGGUGGCACGCCCGGGGCAGUCGCAGCGGUCGGUGCGAUCGCAAGCGGCGGUGGUGGUGGUGUCUUGCAGCAGCACUAGGGGCAGUGAGCAGGGUGGUUGUUGAACGUCGUGGUUGGAGCGAGAGAGAUGGGGUGGGAGAUGGAUGGGAUGCGGUGGAUGGUGGUGAGGGUGUCACGGGGAGGGGCGAUCGUGCCGCGGUACGCAACCCGAGUUCGACUCCCGGCCGUGGCCCGCUACAGCGGCGGUGAACGUUUGAGACGCGUGCUGGGGCCUCCCGUAGGUCGACUCGGCCUCAAAUGAGCUCCCGGUGCAGGUGUGUGUAAACGUCGCCGCUUGGGGAGGCAAAGGCGGCCGGGCGUGGUGCUGGCCACCCACCCCCCCCAUCGAGUGCCGUGCCGGCCUUCGUAGGUGCUACUCGCGAACAGCACUUAAUACAACAGGCUGUUGAGGCUAUACGGGGGGUCUUUGUCUUUGGUGUGGCAAGUCAAAAAAAUGGUGUUAUUUGCUUAAACACGUGGUACAAAUCUUGUGGCAUAGUAAUAACUUAGUUAUUUUUUCCGGGAAAGUUAUUCGUAAUGUUAACAAUAAGCUGAAAUAAUAAUAAUACCAACAAUUUAGCCAUACUGAGUCGUAUGACUCAUUUUCAGGAGCGUCCUGCUGCUGCUGUUGCUGACACAUUGAAUAGUUUUUCAGCAGCGUAGUCACCGCAGCCGCCACCGCCACUCGAUGAUGAUGGAGGUGGUGAUGGGGGUGAUGA